AUGGCUGACAUAUCACAGACCCGGCCCCUCACACGCUCCUCCGUUAAGGAAGCCCAUGAGCUUAUCAAACCACACAUCCAUGAGACGCCCAUCGAUACGUCAACAACACUUUCAAAGCUUGCAUCGACACCUCAAUCACCGGAAGCGCUCAAAGGCACCAUCUAUGACGGUCAAACGCCAGCGAAGCCGAAGAUAAGGCUCUUCUUCAAAUGCGAGAACUACCAAAAGAUUGGCGCCUUCAAGGCGAGAGGGGCGUUCCAUGCACUUGCACGGCUGAGUGAUGAAGAGCUGGAGAAGGGCGUUGUGACCCAUAGCUCAGGCAAUCACGCCCAAGCCCUCGCCCUCGCCGCCCGCACCCGUGGCGUCCCCGCCUACAUCGUAAUGCCAACCAUAAGCACGCCCUCCAAGAUCGCCGCGACAAAAUCCUACGGCGCCUCCGUCAUCUUCAGCGGCUCGACCUCCCAAGAGCGCGAAGCCGUCGUGGCAGAAGUCAUCGAGCGCACCGGCGCCGUCCUCGUCCCGCCCUACGACCACCCCGACAUCAUUCUCGGCCAAGGGACCAUGGGCCUCGAGCUCCAAGCACAAGUCGAAGAUCUGCUGGGAAAGAAACCUGAGCUUGGCGUUCGUCACGGCAGGGAACGGAGACAUGAGGGGUUGGAUGCAGUUAUCACGCCUUGCGGAGGCGGUGGCAUGCUCUCUGGUGUCGCGACCGCACUGUCCGGGACCGGGAUCCGGGUGUUCGGCGCGGAGCCCUCGUUCGAGGGUGCCGACGACGCGCGGAAGGGCUUAGCGGCCAACCCGCCCCGCAGAGUCACGACGGUUAAGAGCUUGACGAUUGCGGACGGGCUGAGGACGCCUGUCGGCAAGAUUCCGUGGAAGGUUAUUAGUAACAAGGAUAAAGUGCGCGGCGUGUUUGCGGUUAGUGAGGAGAUGAUUAAGGAUGCUAUGAGGUUGGUGCUGGAGAGGAUGAAGGUGUUUGUGGAGCCGAGCGCUGUUGUGGGAUUGGCGACGGUGUUGUAUAAUGAGGAGUUCAGGAGGUUGGUGGAGAGGGAGGCGGGGGAGGAGGGGUGGAAUAUUGGGGUGGUGCUUAGUGGGGGGAAUACGACCGUGGAGGCGAUUGCUAAGAUCUUCGCGGCACCGACGGAGAGCGCGGAGAGGGCGGGAGGUGUGCUGGGAAUGCAGGGUGAGAGGGUUGCGGAGAAUGUUGCUGGUUGA